GGAGCUAAAUGGAAAACUGAACCAUAACAGUAAUUACCGACUCUGUGAUUAUUACCUUUUACUCGCUGUACAGUUAUCCUACAUUGUUGUCAGUACAGAACCUGGAAUAAUUCAGCUCUACCUGUGGUUAGGACACCUACCUUGCUACUUGUGAAGUCGGGACGUGUGUUGUUGCAGCUGGUUCCCAGUGACAACAAAACCAGCAACGUAGCCAAAAGGCACCGGGAGUUAUUCUGUUUGUUGCACUGGCGAAAGGGGCACGGGAAUUUUUUGUACAAUAUACAUAUAUACCAUAGCCAGUGGGAGCAACCGUGUGUCAAAGUCAGCCGAAGGAGAGGAGCUGCCCAGAAAACGAGGGACAGAGGCAGCGGUGGAGCCCAGGAAGGGCUGCUGGUACUGCCGGGGUAGAUGCAUCGGGAAGCAUAGGGCAAGUGUCCCGAGUGGGAAGGCUACCGGAAAGUGACGAGCCUCGCUUACUGGUGAGGUUCACUGGAGACCUGGAGCUACAACUCGUAGCUUUUUCCUUACGCUGGAAUGAUAGUCAUGAGGACCCGUCUGGAGUCGAUAUAGAAGGAUUAAUUGUCAAGUUAUACUGUGUUGGGUAACCUGGACAGGUGAAGUUCACGCCAACAUGAGCAUCAUAAUGAAGCCCCGAUCCCGGUCCACCAGCUCUCUUAGGACUACGGACGCAUUCUGUUUUGAUGUUGACAAUGGCACAGCUGCAGGUCGGAGUCCUUUGGAUCCUAUGGCAAGUCCUGGAUCUGGGCUUAUUCUUCAGGCCAACUUUGUCCACAGCCAGCGGAGGGAGUCUUUUCUCUAUCGGUCAGACAGUGACUAUGACCUUUCUCCAAAGUCAAUGUCAAGGAACUCCUCAAUUGCCAGUGACAUACAUGGAGAUGACUUGAUUGUGACACCGUUUGCGCAGGUGCUGGCAAGCCUGCGCACUGUACGGAAUAAUUUUGCUGCCCUUACUAACCUACAAGAUCGAGCCCCCAACAAGCGAUCUCCCAUGUGCAACCAACCAUCCAUCAAUAAACAAACCUUAACAGAGGAGGCCUACCAAAAGCUGGCCACCGAGACCUUGGAAGAGUUGGACUGGUGCUUGGACCAGCUGGAGACCCUGCAAACCAGGCACUCUGUCAGUGAAAUGGCCUCCAAUAAGUUUAAAAGAAUGCUUAACCGGGAGCUAACGCACUUGUCUGAAAUGAGCAGAUCUGGCAAUCAGGUCUCAGAAUAUAUAUCCAACACAUUUUUAGACAGACAGCAUGAAGUGGAAAUACCUUCUCCGACACAGAAAGAGAAAGACAAGAAGAAGAGGCCCAUGUCCCAGAUCAGCGGUGUUCGGAAGCUGAUGCAUAGUUCCAGUUUAACAAACUCCAGCAUUCCUCGGUUUGGGGUAAAAACAGACAAUGAAGACAAGCUGUCAAAGGAAAUGGAAGAUGUUAACAAAUGGGGCAUUGAUAUUUUCAGCAUUGGGGAGAACUCUGGAAACAGGCCGUUAACAGUCAUCAUGUAUAUGAUCUUUCAGGAGCGGGAUUUGUUAAAAACUUUCAAGAUUUCACCAGACACGUUUAUCACGUACCUGAUGACGUUAGAAGAUCAUUACCAUGCAGACGUAGCAUAUCACAACAAUAUCCAUGCUGCCGACGUUGUUCAGUCUACACAUGUGCUUCUCUCCACACCGGCACUGGAAGCAGUUUUCACAGACCUUGAGAUACUUGCCGCACUCUUUGCCAGCGCAAUUCAUGAUGUGGACCAUCCUGGCGUUAACAACCAGUUUCUUAUCAACACAAAUUCUGAACUUGCCUUGAUGUACAAUGACUCAUCGGUCCUUGAGAACCAUCACUUGGCUGUGGGUUUCAAGCUGCUACAGGAGGAGAACUGUGACAUUUUCCAGAACUUGACCAAAAAGCAAAGACAAUCACUUAGGAAAAUGGUCAUUGACAUUGUUCUGGCCACAGACAUGUCAAAACACAUGAACCUUCUAGCAGAUCUGAAAACUAUGGUUGAAACCAAAAAAGUCACAAGCUCUGGGGUGUUACUUCUCAAUAACUACUCCGACAGGAUACAGGUCUUACAGAAUAUGGUACACUGUGCAGAUUUAAGCAAUCCAACCAAACCUCUGAAACUCUACCAAGAGUGGACGAAUCGGAUAAUGGAGGAGUUUUUUCGACAAGGUGACCGAGAAAGAGAGAGAGGCAUGGAAAUUAGCCCUAUGUGUGACAAGCACAAUGCAUCUGUAGAAAAAUCACAGGUGGGAUUCAUAGACUACAUCGUCCAUCCCUUAUGGGAAACAUGGGCAGACUUGGUCCAUCCUGAUGCUCAGGAUAUUUUAGACACACUUGAGGACAAUCGAGAGUGGUAUCAGAGCACAAUCCCUCAGAGUCCGUCACCAGCACCAGAGGACCAGGAAGAAGGAAGACAGGGACAGUCUGAAAAAUUUCAGUUUGAACUAACACUGGAAGAGGAUGGUGAAUCAGAUACAGAAAAGGACAGUGGCAGCCAAGCAGAAGAAGAAAACAGCUGUAGUGAAUCAAAAACACUUUGCACCCAGGACUCAGAAUCCACAGAAAUUCCACUGGAUGAACAGGUAGAAGAGGAAGAGGAGACCCAAACUGAGGCAUGUGGUGAGGAGGUGGACCACACUGCGGACACGUAACAGUGUUCCUUCUGUUUUUUUUUUAAAGUAGUUCCAAAGCACGUGUCUCACUCUACAACCACGGUCACUUACCACCCUUGUUUUAAAAAAAUUUACUCCAGACUGAUAUUGGUUUCUCAGUUUUGCACUCAGGAAUAAUAUGUCAGAAGUUCACUUUCAUGACAUCAUGGAGCAGUGGCAGUACAGCCAUGAAGGACAUUUCAUGUGGACUGACUUGCAUUCGGGGAUCUGAGAUGGAAUGCAUAAUCGUAACCCAAAGCAGAGUGAGUAGACUGCCAGGGGUCAGCAGAAGGAUGCAGGUGAUGUUUUGGUGAUUCGUAUCUAAGGAGGAGUGCACUGAGUUGGAUGCAGGGUGACACACUGAUGGUGUAAUGAAUGGUGCUUAUUUUACAGAACAGAAGAAAAUCUGUUAAGAGAUGGCACACAGUAUGAGGCCGUCAUCACUAGGAAGAUGACCUGUGGAAAUUACAAGAUAAUUUUCUAAUUUUAUGUCUUCCUCAAAAGAAGUGUGCAGCUGUUGAGCUGCACAAACCUCUGCAUUUUGUAUGAUAUGUAAAACAGAGAUCUUUUGUAGAUUUUACUUUUAUUAAAAUGUAUUAAGGUAUUAUAUUUAAAAUACUUUUUUUGUUUCACCUGCCACUGGCAAAUUUUAUUUUAAAGUGUAACUUGCAAGUUUUCUGUACCACUCCUCGCUGUAUAAUGCACUCCUGACACCCUGUGCUCAGAAGGGUUUUCCUGUAGGUACGGAUCAGGAGAAACUGAAAUCUCUCUGAUCUUUUUGUUUUACUCCAAGCCGAAAAUUCAGGAAAAGCAGACCACUGGUUUCAUAAGCCACUAAUUGUCUGUGUGGGCACUUUCAGAAAGGCACUGACAUUUUAACCCAAAGCAAUAGGCACUUCUUAGAUUUCUCUUGCAGAAGUCUCCAUUUCCAAAGGAAAUAAUGUAAAGGUCAGCAUGGCAGUUAGAGAUUGUUGCCAUAUAGUGUAUGCCUUCAUCAUACAGGGCUUUUGUAUUUUAGCACUGUGUGCUAAGGGAGCAGGGGGAAGCAAUCAUUCAUUUUUCUUUUUAAAAAUAAAAUCAGCAAAGACAAGCACACAAUGAAAUGUACUGAGUUUGCUGGUUCUCAGUUUCUGCAUGUGUACAAGGACAUAGUAGAUUCAAGUUAAAUUAUAAGGUGCUUCAGCAUUAGCCCUCUCCCAGUAAUCUGUCCUCAGAUAUCCCAGGAGAGUUCAGGAGCGAGUUCCAAAAAUUUCUCCACAUGGCACUGCAACAACUGCAAUGUUUAUACAAAUUGUGUAACACCACAUGCUGCGUGACCUGUAUUUGUUUUUUUUUUUUAAAUUCAGGUAUGCCUUGUUGCUUGACUGACUGGUACGCAGAUUGUAACAUGCCUUUUGGAGGUGCUGUGCAAAAUAUGUAUGCUUUCAUUUAUAGGGAUGAUUGCCAGCUAGAUUCCCACAUAUACCCCUAGCUCCAUUAAUUGAGAAUUCACCUCCAAGCAACAUCUGAACCACAAAAACUCAAAGACAGAAGAUUUAAAAUAAAAUAAUUUUGAAUUGGUAAUUGGGUCAAAUGUUGGUCAUCUUCUCAGCUACUGUUCUCUAACUGUAAUUUAUUAGAAAUACUGAUAUAGUGAGUUCUUGUUAGAGAAACUGACAGAGGAGGAUCAGUGAUAAAGAACUGAACAGUUGUGCAAGCAUUUAAGCUGAGGCUUUCAUGUCAUUUUAGAAGUGGGUUCAUCUUCAGUACAUAUGCGUGAAAAUUCUGUUAUAGACAAUCAAUUAAUGAAGGAGAUGAUUUUUGGUUCCUUCCUGUGUAGGGCUGAGAAUGCACUAAAUUUAUUUAGAGAAACUAGUGUUCUUGUUGAAGUGCUUGGCAUGUUGAUUGGAAUGCUUCUUCUCCCCAAUAAAUAAAAAAAGACAUUUUGCAUGAAAGACUUAUUUUAGCUUUCCACAAGGAAACGCGGCAGGUGACAAGCAGGGUACUGUAAACAAACAAACCCACCUUAAUAGUGGUAUUGCUGUAGCUUGCAAGUUACUGAACACGUACUGUUUAAUUUUUUUCCAUUGUUGUUAUGGUUUUUUUUUUUUUUUUUUUUUUAGAACUUAUGUAGAUAGAACAAAACUUGUUUUAUUGUGUUUUUAAGGAAACAAAACUUGAAUGGAUCUGGCUUUAUAGAGAGCUCAUUGGGAGUUUCUUUAAAAAAUGUAUUAUUUAAUUAUUUUAUAUUGCGUUGUGCCAUGCCUUUUUCCUCACCAGAUGACCUUACCUGUAUACAGUCUUGUUUGUCUCUGUUUACAGCCAUGUAUUUAUUGUACUGUACAUAAUGUAAUGUUUAUUGUAAAUUAUCACUUCUUAUUAUUACAUCAUCUCCUGAUGGUGUUGCUGUAUUUGCAAACUCUUGGUGAGAGAAUGAAUAUUAUAUAUAUAUA